AUGUCUUUGAUACUUCACUCUGUUUCCCCUGACAUCAAAAGUAGUAUUCUGCUCUUGGACACUGUUGUUGCUAUGUGGAAUGAACUAAACAGUAGGUUAGAUCAAGGCAACGGACCUAAGAUCUUUGAUCUUCGAACAUCUCUCAUCAGCCUUCAUCAAGGUGAUGACUCUGUAAGUUCCUACUUCACUAAACUCAAAGCUAUAUGGGAUGAGAUUAUUGAUUUAUGCCCUAGACUUCCUUGUACUUGUGCUGCUUCUGCUGACUCUCUUGAUUUUCUUAACCAAGAACAUGUUCUCCAAUUCCUCACGGGUUUGAAUGAGUCUUUCCAUGCUAAUCAAAGGAGACUUCGGCCAUCUCACAACACAACCUUCAUUGCUGCUGCCCCUCCAUCCGUUCCAUCUUCUACAUCUCGCACCAAGAAGAUGCGCCCCACUUGUACCCAUUGUCUCAAACCAGGGCACCUCAAGGAGAAAUGUUUUUUCCUUCAUGGAUUUCCCCCAAGUUAUGGUGAUAGACGCAAAUCUGAUUAUGUCAAGACUAAUCAAGUUUCUGUCUCUACUUCUUCACCAAGUGGACCGAUCCUUCAACCAUCCCAAUUGGAACUCAGCCAACAACUUAUUGCUCUGUUAAGUCAAUAG